CGCCGUCCUACAGCUCAACAUGGUCAAGAUCUCCCUCGCCGUCUUCCUCGCCGCCCUGCUGAGCGUCGCAAUCGCCAGCGCCGUCCGUACGACGCUCGCGAGGCCCGCAUCGUCAAGGUCCGUGCGCUGCGCGAGGCCGCCGAGCAGGCCAACCUCGUGAAGCGCCAGGGCAACUCGGCCUUUGGCCACUCGCAGGGCAACGGCCGCGGCAACGGCAACGGCAAUGGCAACAACGGCAACGGCAACGGCAACAACAACUCGGGCAACGGCAAUGGCAACGGCAACGCGGGCAAUGGGAACGGCAACGGCAACAGCGGGAACGGCAACGGGAACGGCAACAACGGCAGCAACAACGGCAACGGGAACAACGGCAACGGUAACGGCAACGGCAACGGCGGCGUCCCUCCCCCCUUCCAGUUCGACCCGUACAACUGCGGCAGCCGUGGCGCCGUCUGCCCCGCCUCGUACAACGGCGUUGGCACCCCGUCGUGCACGUACGGCGUCUGCUCGCUCCGCUGCCCGCCCGGCUACGUCAACUACAACUCGCAGAACCCCGAGCUCCCGAGCUUCUGCGCCCCGGCCUAAGCGUACACGCUCCCUCGUCGUCGUCGUCGUCGCCGCCGCACCGUCCUUCCUCCCCUUCCUUUUUCCUCCUGCACAUGAUUGCGCCUCUUUGGGUCCACCCUCCUUCACGACUCUCUCGUUCCUCGUCUUGUCUCGUCUCGUUCUCUUACUCGGCCCAUAGAGCUCUGUGUAGACCUUGCGCGUCUUGCGAAGCCAGCAUCGUCCUUCUCAAGUUCGCCUCUCCUCU